UGCACACUUUAUUUCCAUUUUGUGGCUGGUCUUAAAUUAAUUUAAACAAAUUAUUCUUCCACACGCUGCGUGGCGAUAAAACAAACUUUUUCUUUUGUUCAAAACUUGCAAAUCGAUCCGGCUUGAAUGUCGAAUUUUAUUGCUGCAGCGGAAGAAGCCGAACGGGGGGAAAAGGAUACUCGUGGCCUCUGCUGCUGCGAAUAUAUUGGACAUGAUAGGAAGCGAUUUCAUAUACUAGGAUGCUGUUGUAAUUGCGAAGACUUUGAUUUGGUAUGCACAAGCUUUAUCUUCUGCAAGCCCAUUGAUAAGCGCAAUUUGGACAACAUGUUGAUUGCGUUCCAGGAUCGACUGCGACUGCCUUGGCGGGGCGGCGCCAAGCGCAUCUCGCCCGCUGCUUUGGCUCCAGCUUUAAUUAUCCCGCUCAUGAUUUGCUUGGCUGCACUCAAUGCAAAGACGGCAAUUGUGAUGAUGCUAACGCUGAUUGGGUUCACCUGCUGGGGCUUGCAAGUGGCUGAGCGCACGGCCACAAAGACGAGUUUCUUUCGCAGCUGGGUUGUAUUUUCCGUCUGCUACAUGGCCAUCAUCUUUGAGUCUGCGGUGCCGUUGCUGGAGCUGCUCCCAGAGGAGAAUUAUCUAUUACUUAGCUUGUCGAUCGGAGCACUUUAUAUGCUUUAUCGUGUACAGAAAUUGGCGUCACUGGAUCUGGUGACGACGCAAUACGGAAACACGCCACGAGAUGAACUGCCAGGCAUCACGGAAGCCUCCAGUGGCGAGGAGCAGGCCGAACAGCAGGCACAUGAGGCAGUUACCCUCAUGGCGGACACUGUGCUAGGCAUCGAGGACGAUGAGGAGGAGAAUGAAGAUGCGGGUCUUAUGCAACAUUCGCAGCCAAACAUCUGUGAGAUUUGUCGCAAGGUAACACCUCGACGUGCCUAUCACUGUGUCAUCUGUGGCAGCUGUGUUAAGCGCCGAUCCCAUCACAGCUUUUGGCUCAACUGUUGCAUUGGCGAAAGCAACUAUCGCUGCUAUCUGCUGGCCUUGGUCCUCUCUGAAUGUGCUCUGCUGCUGGGCGCCAAUCUGACAUUGACUGCUGUCUGUCAUCCAUUCCUAGUGGUGCGUCUGCUAGGAAUUCCUCUCCUGCUACCCGAUGACUGCAGCGAGGUCUUCGAGGACUUUGAAUUGGGCAUCUCGUUCGUUGUGGCUGCGUAUGCCUUGCUGAUCUCUGGCUUUAUUACUUUUGUUCUACUCCGUCAAUUGUUUUUGUGGUGGCGCGGCACCACUUUGCACGAGUAUAAACGUAUUUCAACUCCCAAUGGGAAUCGGAAUCGUGUUUGGAGCAAUUGGCGCGCAAUUUUAAAGUAAUGAGAAAUCAACCAAAAAAUACCAAAUACUAAACUAAUGCAACAUUUACACUAAGCUACAAAUUCUUCAAUGUAUUAGCUGCUGCUGUCGGAGCCAAUUAGAUAUUAAGCUAUACAUAUAUAUGUAUAUGCUUAUUUAUAUAUUUAGGGUCAAGCUCGAGCGCGCAAUUUAAGCUUAUGUAGAAAUACGUUUAAGCAUUUAGUAUUACAACAAUUUGAGAGCCUUAGUCGUGAUUGAACAAUUAAUCGAAAUAUGUUAAAAUAUAAGUUCAAGGAAACUAUCCCAAUAUAUGAUACAAUUUAAGGUGUAUUAAUAGUUUUUAGAGCUUCGCACAAAGGUGUUCUUAAAAUGUAAUUGUUUUAGUGAUUAUUAUUUGUUUUUCUUGUUUAAGUUAGACAAACCACACUUAUUGUAAAAAUUAAUUUGGCAAUUUCACUUAUAUUGUCGCUUCUAUUAGAUAAAGCAAUUUAUUGAAUAAAAAUAAAAUGAAUA